AGAAGCAGAUGCAAAAUGGCGGACGAAGCGUUCUUUUACAGAAUAGCAAACUUUAGCUUUUAAAAGAAAAUUUUGCUUGAAUGAUAUUGCGUUCAUAAAAACUUUGAAGGACACUUCAACAGUGAUAAAAUGGGUUCAAUUUUCUCUUCUUCGAGAUCCAAAGAAUUGGACGAAAAUCUUCGAAAAGAGUUUUAUGACAUCUUUACUAAUCUUCACAAAGACUGUCGAAUCGCUGCCGGAGCGUGUUAUUAUAGCUCAGAAAGACACGAGAAAAUAGCUCGUCUUACCGAUAGAGUGGCAUCCUUAUUUGGUGUGUUAAGCGCUGGGGGUUUUGGACUUAUGCAUUUUUACAAAGUUGGCCUAACUCCAAAAGGAAAGGGGAUUAUUGGUGGUACGUCUACUGUCUUAGGUGCUUGCUUCGCUUUGAGCUCUUUAUUAAACGGAAUAAGAGAUACUUCGAGGAGUCCUGGAGUUCUCAGUGUUCAGUACAAUGAAACAGCAGCUGAGUGGGAUGAACUUCAACACCUACUGGAUGUUUACAGGAAAAUCAAAGUGCAAGAUCCUAGGGUUAAUGUGUCGGAACUGGAAAUGAUGAGUAGAGAGAUUCUCAGGAGAAGAAAGGAAAUCGCGUCGAAGGCCAAGGUUGAGGAUUGGGCAUGGAAAAAAGUUUUAGAAGAAGAAGCAUUGUUUGAAAUGGAGAUAAUGGACAAGCAGAAUACUUUUAGAAAGGAUGAAAAUGCUGUAAAAGAAGAAGAAAAAUCUUAAAUCCAUAAGACUUUUAAAAGACCUCAUCCUACAUGACCACACCCAUGUAUAGUGUUAUAUUUCUCUUUAGCUUGGGCACAAUGUUUUCCAUUUCAGACAACAUGUCAUUCCCUAGAGUACCACUUCUUUGUUUAAUGUUUGUGCAUGAGAAGGCACAUGAAUAUAGAUACAGCUCAAAACAA